AUGGACUCGGGAGGCGAUUUAGUUUGUCGUGUUUCGAAGAUGAGCGAAGCCCGUCGUUCUCAGAGGCUGGCGACGGACUUCAGCAUCGCCCGGAUCCUCGCCGCCGACGAGCCCUGCUCUUCCUCGUCGUCCUCCUCUUCCGGCGGAAGUCGCGUCCCGCAGUUGCCAGCUGGUUGCCCUUGCUGUCCCACCCCGCUUCUGUCCACAUCCUUCGUCGUCGCCUUUCCCGAUCAGAGGGAAGUCGAGCAGACGGAAACCGGUGCGGAAUGCUCGUCGCCUCGGCACCCCGAUUCCGAAACGAACGCCGACUCCGUUGCUCAGGAUAAUCUGGGGAGGAACGACCUGCCCUGGCUCCAUUGCACCAGAUACCGACCCCCCAGGCUACCGAAGAAGUCCAUGGCUGGGAAAACGUCCAAAAGACGACCCGGCAAGCAUCCAAGGAUACCUUUCACAGCCUUCCAAUUACAAAUUCUUGAAGACAGGUACAGCAAGGGCGCGUACCUUGCCAGAAGAGACGUUCUCCAACUUUCUACGGUACUCAGGCUUCCUCAGAGUAGAGUAAGUACAGCCUGA